CGAUGACAUAAUUCAGAAAACCUCACUGUCAGUUGUGCCAGUUCGUUUCGUGGCAAGCGAAGAUAAAGAUACAUAAUAAUAAAACGGAUAUUUGUAGGUUUACACUAUGGAUAACAAUGUCACGCGAUACAAUGUCCAACUAUAUAUUUAUGAUUUAUCGAAAGGAAUGGCUCGCAACCUCAGCCCCAUCAUGUUAGGAAAGCAACUGGAUGGUAUAUGGCACACAGCCAUAGUGGCAUACGGAGAGGAGUUCUUCUUCGGAGGGGAGGGGAUCUCCAGCUGUCCGCCGGGUGGGACCAUGCUGGGCCCUCCAGACACUGUGGUAGAGCUGGGCGAGACAGAAGUGUCCGAGGAGAUCUUCAUGGAUUAUCUCUCUUCCCUGGGAGAAAACACAUACAGAGGUGACAGGUACCGUCUGUUUGAGCACAACUGCAACACCUUCACCAACGAGGUGGCUCAGUUCAUGACGGGCAGGUCCAUCCCGUCAUACAUCACCGACCUUCCAUCGGAAGUCCUCUCCACACCGUUUGGCCAGAUACUGCGACCCAUUCUGGACUCCAUCCACAUCGCCCCUCCAGGGGGUAACGUCAUCAACGGCGGAAGAAACAUGUAAUCUGAGCGAUCAGCCGGGUUACCGAAUGCUCACCAGGUCACUUUUAUAGUAGUCAGACAGUCAAACAAAUCAUCUUUCUUUAUUCUUGCUUUCUGUAAAUAAGCUACACACUAGCAUUAAAGCUAAGGGCCAUUUGUAAACUGAUAACUGACCAGAAAAUUCUAAAAAAAAACACUCCUUAAAACCAGGUUGGUGAGUUCUUUUCAUGAGGUUUGACUAUGCAUCAAAAUUCAAUAAACCACAAAGUACAAAACAUGUGUUUAGGUCCAGCAGCAUAGCCGUAUAUCAAAACGUGUACUUUCCAACAACAAAAGCUUAUUUUUAACAAUGUGGCCUUCUUAUAAAAACUCGAUGGAAAGUCCAAUUUCCAAUUAAGCUUUUUUGGAAGUGAAAUGUAAUGGAGUAUAUUUCGAUUUUUGGUACUGCCAUUUGGUUCAGCGAUUAUAUUUGGGCUGCGGGAUAUUACAUUUUCACUAUAAUUCACGCUAACAAUAUUAUUCUGUUAUCUACAGAACAUUAUAGAACUUCUACUGAAAACUAAAAUGAUAAUAAUGUAAAAUUUAACUUCAACCUUGCUCAUUGUUUGUGUACUUGUGUGUAAAGAGAUGGAAAGAGACUAUAAAUUUAAUUAUUAUUUAAGAGGUGCUGGAUUAAGACAAUAUCAUAUCUAUUGUUAUAUCAAUAUUUUAAAUUCUAAAUAUUAUGGUUAACUUUAAUGUAUGUCGCGACAACCCUAAUUUACAUUUCGCAAUAAUUUCUACUUUUACUUCUCAAUACAGGCAUAUUGCACUUUUUACACCACUGCUGUAUCUGAUGGCUGUAAUUUAGCCAACUACAACAUUAAAAUACCUCUUGCACAUUAGUGCAUUUAGCUUAUUCAUUGCUUCAGCUUUUGUACUUAGUCACAAGGCGCGGAUCCAUUUUGGUGUUGCAAUGUUUAUCUAAUAUAGAAUAGAUUUCUUUAUUUGAGUAACUUAUGAAGGAUUCUUUUCUUUUUUAAAUGAUUACCAAUACAUUAGGUUCCCCAAAAGGUUUCUGCAGUAAAACUCAUCUGCUGUUAACUACAAUGGAAUUAACCUGAGUGUGCACUUUUAGAUACGUUUUAACAUAUUUGAUGGAAGUUGAUGGAAAAUAAGAACGAGUUCUUAUGUUUGGAGUUUUUUCAUGUCAAUCAUAAUUCAAUUUUGCACCAAUGUUUUUUUGUUUUUUUAUUAUUUGCUAACCUGUAGUUAAAUUCCCAUCAAUGAUCCUUUUAUACCUGUAACAUUUGUCUUAACUGUUUCUGACAUUAUCAUCAUUGUCACAUAA